CAACGCGUCGUCCUUAAUAUCGCCGCUGUCAGAACAGUUUCCACCCAGUUAGCAAAGAAUUCGCAUUCGUACAUAACGCGACGAAGAGAAACAUUCUGAGAGCAACCGGCUUUCUCUGUAAUUCCUCAGUGGAACUAAUACAUAUUUUAUUAACGUAAUCAGUAAAAUGGCAGCUAAUCGAUAUUAUCACGUACAGUGUACACCCACCGUAUAUCCGGCCGAUCCCUUCGAUGCUGAGGAAGAUGCCAGCCUCUUACGAUCUGCGAUGAAGGGUUUCGGGACUGACGAACAGACUAUCAUUGACAUUUUAGCUCAUCGCGGCAUCAUACAGCGAUUGGAGAUUGCCGAUAAAUUCAAAACUAUGUAUGGCAAAGAUCUCGUCUCUGAGCUGAAGUCAGAAUUAUCCGGAAAUUUCGAGGCGGCCAUCUGCGCCUUAAUGACACCUCUUCCUGAACUUUAUGCUAAGGAAUUGCACAAUGCCAUUUCUGGUAUGGGUACUGACGAAGGCGCACUUAUUGAGGUCCUUGCGUCUCUGAGUAAUUACGGCAUCAAAACAAUAUCGGCCGUUUACAAAGAUUUGUAUGACAAAGAAUUGGAGGAUGACCUCAAGAGUGAUACUUCCGGCCAUUUCAAGAGACUUUUGGUAUCGUUGUCCUGUGCCAGUAGAAACGAAGAUACUGACGUCGAUGAGGAGGCCGCACUUCAAGAUGCUGAGAAACUUCUCGCCGCGGGUGAAGGACAAUGGGGUACCGACGAAAGCACCUUCAAUGCAAUUCUCAUCACUAAAAGUUAUCCGCAAUUGCGAAGGAUUUUUAAAGAAUACGAACGUAUCGCUGGACAUAGUUUGGAGGAUGCUAUUAAGCGAGAAUUUUCCGGUUCUCUCGAGGAUGGCUACUUAGCUGUGGUGAAAUGCGCUCGUGAUAAGACUGCUUAUUUUGCGGAAAGAUUGUACAAAGCUAUGCGUGGAUUUGGCACCACGGAUACAACAUUAAUACGCAUAAUUGUAACACGAUCGGAGAUUGAUCUAGGCGACAUUAAAGAGGCUUAUGAGAGACUUUACGGGAAAUCUCUUGCAGAAGCCAUCGACGACGACUGUUCAGGCGACUACAAGAGACUCUUGCUUGCCCUUCUCGGAUGAAAAUAUUUUGAUUGUACACAACAGUCCCUUUUAUCGAAAAUCCUUCAGUGUCGCGGAGAUUAUAUAUAUCGUAUAAUGUUUCAUUAUAUUAUAAGGCCUUGGUUAAUUUAGUUUAUUAUAUUUUGUUGGUCGUAGUGAAUAUAGUGUUAUUCAUGUUAUUUAUAUUUUGCGCUUCAUCAGAAUAAUGCAACAUCUGUAAAAACGUAUUAUAAAAUAACAAGAAAAUACUCGCAACACAUGUACAAACUUGGACAUUUCUGUACAUGAAUUUCUAUAAAGAUCGAAAAUUAAACAGCGAUUUAUUGAUUGGCAUUGUA